ACUCAACAUAAGUAUUGUAACUCUAAAUCUCGAGAAUAUACGAAAUUUGUACAAAAAUCGAAUUACAAGACAGAUCUAGCAAUGCCUCGUCCUACCACUAAACACCAAUUGCAACGCAGAAAAGGCGUCGAGAAUGCAACAAUGAUUCCUACUGCUGCAACAUCUAUACCCAAUCCUUAUAAUGUAAAGCAACGUAAAAAAACACGAUUUCUUCUACCCCCAAAUCGUCGCAGUUGGUCUGAAAGCGAUCUAUUAAAGGAAAUCGAUAAGGAACUCAAGUUGGCAAAAGGCUUUCUUUUUGCAGAUGAAGCAGCGCCUGCAGCAAUAAUGAUAACACCCAAAUUCAAGGCAAAGGCACCAACGGGCACAGGUAUUUGGACUCCAAAAAGUCAAACACCUUCAUCAUCCAUAAACGAUUUGCACGAAAUUCAAAGCACAAAAAUAAAUUCCGCACCACCAACUCCACCACCACCGCCAGCACAUCCAGUUUGGACACCACAACCAUCACCUACAGCUGGACGCAAAGAAUUCCGUCCUGUACGUUUUGAAUCACCGACACUACCACGCAGGUACGUUGUACAACAAAGUACACCCAAUGGUAAUGCCCAGUUGCCACCGUGGUCAUGUCAAUCAAACAGCAGCUCAUAUGCGCCCCCCUCGCCGCGCUCCACAAAUAGCUGCACAAACUUAAGCACACCCACUACAGUAUGCUCCAGCAGCACACACUUCAUAGACACCUACAACGAUACAACGGAUUUUACUAGUAACUUUGCUCCCAACACCAGUGUUUCGGAUAAAAUAAAAACAUUCGAGAGAUCAGCAUCUGCUUCAGAAUUAUAUCGUCCCUUUGUGCGUCGCCAGCCAGACACAAGCCGUCCUGCGUAUAGGCCCAAUGAAGUCAUUUAUAAAGUUAAGCACGAAUACUUGAGUGAACCGGAAACAGAAAACGAUCGUCCAAAAAAAAUGGCACAACUGGGCCGCAGACAAAUUGACGGCAUCGGCCCUGUAACCAGAGAUGGCAUGCCAAUUGUUCUCAGAUCGGAAGUUAAGGAACCUCACCAACAUGAAUGGUACAAACGACUUUAUCAAACCAUACAUAAGCAGAAAAAUGGCGAUGAUUACGUGAUACGCUACAAAUGUCAAAGAGGUCCUCUUGCAUAUUCAACAGCUCGGGCACCACACAAAUCAAACGGUUAUCUGUCAGAACCUGAGCCGAAUUACGACUCCGAUUACUCUACUAUUAAAUAUCGUACAUUAGAUAGACGACGUCUUCAAUCGGUUUCUUCUGCUGCAAACGUCAGGAGUAACGCGAACUACCUUUACGACGAUAAAUCUUAUGGUACUAUGCCAAAUCCAGUUAAAUCAGGACAAAAUUCAUAUAAAAAUCAACCUGGUCGUAUUGAGAAUUAUGUAACUGGAAAUUCUUCCGUUUCUGAAAAAGAACAUAAAGAGCAUUUGGAUCAAACGAAGCUGUCACCACAUUACACUGAAGGAAAUCUUUCCAGAGCAUUAGCCAAAGAAUCUGGUUACACCAGUGACUCGAAUCUAGUCUUUCGUAAAAAAGAAGUAAUACAAGGUAGUCCACUAAGUCCUGUUGAGCAGAAGCAAGCCUAUAAGAGUCUACAGGCUGGCGGUGAGCCACCUUUAUUCGGUUUUCGCAAGCCAGCUCCAGAGAAACCAAAAGGAUUUCAACAACAAUUUGAAUACCUUCAAAUAACACCCACACUAACUAAAAUACGUGUUCAUUGCAGUAAAGAGCUACUCAACAGUCCAGAUACUUUUACGAGCAACCUUGAGCAACAUACUGAAAAAAUUUCAGAGAAUAAAAACAAUAUGUGUACGCCAUUUGCUAAAACAAUGCCGUCGUUUAUAUCAGUGGAACAAAAAAAGACAAUUACAGCACCGCCUGCUCCACCGAACCGCAAAUCUUCAUGCACUAAAACAAUAAUUAAAGUAGAUACUAGCAGCAGAUUAUUUAAGGGCCGUACACCUACAAAUGUCUCACAUAGACAUGAACAAUGCUUUCAAAGUCCCGAAAGCACUCCACCUGGUGUUAGCAAAUACAACACAGGCAGCUUAACUAAACGUACCAAGCCUAUUUGUCGUUCAAAGUCAGCUGGUGCAGUUUCUACUCUUUUAUCAUCAGUCACUUCUACACAUAACGCAAAACCUUCUACCAGUCAAAACGUUAGAAUUGCACGUUUACAACAGCACUCACGUGUUGGUUCUGUAAGUCCCACACGCAGGCAACAACGUGUUAUAUCCCUACGCCAGACUAGUCGUAGUCCUGUGGCUUUCGGAAGAAGUAUUUCAAAAGAGCGUUCAUUUGCUGAAGAAAAGAAACGCUUAGAAAAUACAUUACCGUUUAGUAGGCAUACUUUUGAAGCAAGUACAAAUAUUUUGCGGGAUCCUUCUCUCAAGUCACCACGUGAUGUUAAGCAAGCAGUGCGUUCCUAUGCUGCUUGUUCUGAUCACUUACGUAGUAAAUCAGUGCCACCGCGCUCCCGACUACCAUAUAGUAAUUCCAAUUUUAGUGUUAAUACGACAAUGCGUCAUACAAUGUGCAUUCCCAAACCUCGUCCUUUAAGUGAUGUAUUAUACGUAAGUUCAGUCCAUAAAAAUGUGCCUAAACAUACAACCCAAAAACCAAAGACAAAUAUACACACAUUGCCAUCUAAACAUACUUCAAAAACUGUAUCUACCGUAAGCCUAGCACGUACAGACUCAACAUUUUCAGUGGAAUCAACAACAACAACAACAACUGCACAACCAAAAUCACAACCAAAGGAAAAAAUAGGGAUCACUACAACAGGAAAAACAUCUAUUAAAUUGAAAUCUCCAGUAAAGGAAGUAAAAAGUAGACGGACUAUAGCACUACAAAAUAGUAAAAGUGAUAGCAGUUUAGCGCAUAAAGCAAAAAUGAAGAACGUUAGCAAAGUUAUUGUUAAGGGUGCUAACAUUCCUAAGUCCACUACAACGCCUAAAUCCACAAAACCGCGAUAUAAUGUUGAAACCACAAAUUUUUAUGUUAAGUCAUUACCAACAGCAGAGAAAGGUCUUGUUGAAGAGGUUUGCGUUUAUGAUAAUGUGCGUGAUAAAACAAUUUUCUGGAAUGAUAUUAAUGCACAAACGACUUCGCUUACACAUCAGACACCUUAUUAUACAUCGUAUUAUAAUUCUCGUAGUUUAAGCCCAACAAGGCACCAUACAGUGGAACCCGAUACAGAAAACACAAGCAAUUAUGAGUAUGAAGAAACUUCUGAAAUAGAAGAACCUAAUUGCAUUGAAAAUCUGGUGUGGCAAUAUGAACACAAAAAUAGAAGACAACCAACAACUCAAGUUAUGCAAAACAUCACGGACAUAGCAAGACCAUUAUCUCCGCCACCUGUUCCCAGGAGAUUUUCGCCGACACGUGAGGUACGCCUACCACAAGCGUCACGUACAAUGCGUUCGCCCUCCAGGCGUCGAAUCGAUAGCCAACGUGUCAACAUGAAAAGUGACACCAGCAAAAUUAUACGAGCCAGCAGCUUAAGCAGCGCGGAUGAUCGCUCUAAGCGUGGUCUUUACUUAUGUGGUGAACUUGCUCACAGUGCAACUUCACUUACAUAUCUCGAUCAACAUAGUCCAACGUGCCGUUACCGUAGUAACUCUGAACGUUUUACAGAUCUAAAUCGAUUUUACAGUACUUUAGAGCGUGUUGGACAGUUAGAACGUGCUACUUCGAUCACAAAUUUUAAACCGAUUAGAAAGGAUAGUGAAUUGUUGGAUUUCGAAGAAUGGCGAAAAAUACGCCUUCAUGAACGUGCAGAAAAGGAGUUGAAUUAUUUAGUGAGCAAACUGAAAGAAGAUCAACGAUCGAAAGAUUUCGUUUUUCGACCAAAAGAUGUUGAAGAUGUGAAAUGGAAAAAAGAGACUGAUUUUGGCUUACAUACUAAGGAAAAAUCAGUGGAAGAUUUACGAGAAGAUUUUGAAAGAAAAAUAUUUUUAAAAGAACUCGACUUGCAAAGAAAUCGUGACAUACUUCACCAACGAGAUUAUGUUAAACCAUAUUGGCGACGUAAUACAGUUGCAGAUUUAACUUCCACUCUAGAAGGAAGAAUGCAACCAAAUUCUGUUGGUUAUGAAGUUGAGGAGAGUGAAGUAGAUUUCAGAAAUAAAAAUGAAUUUCAAUUGAGUAAUAAACUAGUAAGUACUUUGUCCAAGGAUCAGAUUUGUAAGAUAACGCAGCAAUUGAAUGAUAUCUAUUCCAGUGCUCCUAAUAAGGACGCUACUGUAAGUGAAGAAUAUAUUGUGACAGUUAAUAAGCCAAGUAAGCAUAAAGCUACAACUAAUGGAUUAAAAGUACGAUCUAGCUCCUCUAUUACAAAGGAAGAUCUUAUGGGCCCAGUUAUGAGAAAGAAAGAAAUUAUUUCGAAUACAUUACCGAUACGACAUACUACGAAAAUACGCGAAAAUGUUAAUAAUAUUGAAAAAGAUACUAUUCCAACAGAUCGUAUAAUAACCGAACCUAUUUAUAGUCACACCCAUCCUACUCGUAGUACGUCACCUGUAGUUUUGGCUCGAGAAACACGUGGUGCUAUUGCAGCUAAAAAUGCAGAGUCAACAUUAAUGAAAGCACCAGAAAUUCCUCCACCGGCAACAUAUACUAAGACAACCGUAGACAAUUUCAGUUCAGUUUCUGAAGUUAGGAAUAUUGAUAAAUCCAGUGGAAAAUAUCCUUCAAGAUCUGAUCAGCAACAAUAUUUAGGCUAUAGAAAGGGUGGUCAUAUCAAUGAAGGUCAAACAGAAUCAGCUACCUAUAUGAGUUUACCCAAAACUCUCAAAGAAAAUAUUUCGCAAAAAAUACAAUAUUUUGAAGACAAACAAUAUGAUGAACCACCGAAAACAAUAUACCACGCUCGUGAGGAUUCAUCACCAGAUGAAGGAGAAGUAAUGCGUGUAAUCGAAGAAAAUUUAAAAACAAGAGCUAAUGAAAAUAACUUGAAACACAGACAAAUGAGUUCUUCACUUACGGACCUCAAGGACAUGUUUGGUGAAAGAAAUGUGACACGUGUUAACUUCAAUAUCCAUACACCACCUGAUCGACCUCCAGAUAUACAUGUUGAUGAACACGACCAACAUGAAUUUGAUAUUAUUUCAAAAACAGAUUACGAAUUAAAUGAUUUUACACCAGAUGGCAGCUUAGAAAUUUAUGAUACAUAUUAUCACUCGAAUAGUGUUUCACCACAAUCGCAUGAGUCUUCAUAUUUGCAUCGUGUUCACACUGGAGAAGUGCAGAAAAUGAAAGAAAAAUUUGAGAGUAUUAAUUGCCAAACUGAACAGAAUGAUUUUUUUGGGGUUAGUUCGCUGAGAAAGGUGCGCAGCGAUCCUGAAUUUAACACACCAUUAAGUUCAGGUUCAAAAGACGCCUUAUUUGACGACGAUAGUGGUGAGGUCUCAUGGUAUACUCAUAAUAUCGAAAAGAAUGCUGCUUCGACAGUUGAAACAGUAGACAGAGGUCGUAGUCGCAUUAAAUUAAUAACAUCACCAACAUCACAAAGACAUCCACUUAUGCCACAUAUAGAUAUUAUUAGUAAAACAGCUGCACUAAAACAGGAAAUACAUAAAAAACCCUCACUGCCAAAAAAGACUGUAAGUCCCAUACGCAGUAAUAGUAGCAUCAGUAGUAGUAAGGUUGAACGCAUGCGCAAUAAAUAUGAAAAUCCAAGUAUGAGUAAUGGAAAAUAUAUUUCAACUUCAAAUCCAGAUAUCAGUAAAAUACCAAGUGUACCACAACAUUUAACUGGCGACUGGAUUGCACAUAAAUAUCCGAGUCCAAAACAAAACUAUAUGCCAGGUUGCAGUAAUUCACAAAGACGCCAUUUACGCAAUUUGCGAAUGCGACCAAGUUCAACAUCGCCACCAAGACCACCAAAAUCGGUGGAACACCAACAAAAUACACUUAAAACAAAUGCUUUGAGGCCACUUUUUCAUAUUCUUUAUGCACAUAGUAUAGGAAGGAAAUAUGAAGUUUCCAAUGCUGUUAGAAACAGUCAAGCUGAUAUUGGACAACCUAAUUAUAAUGCUAAACGUACUGUUCAUCUAGACAAAUCGACGUAA